AAGGGACUGGCGUGACGGCGGUCCUAAAAGCGAAAGUAAAUAGUCCGACUCCGCGACAGUAAGUUUGUCUUGUAUCGAGAGCACACAGUUUGCAGCCUAAGAGAGACUCUCCCACUGCUGCUAGGAUGAGUGGCUCUCAGGAGAGAGAGGAGGCUGCAGGUCCCAGUACGAACCCCAGACUAGAGUCUGCUGCACACAGCUGUGUGCAACAAAGCAGCAAACCAACACACUCUGAUGGAGGACAACAGACGCACAGACCUCCAUCUCCAGUGCCCAGCUGUGUGUCCAUGAAGAGUGAUCAGUCCAAGGGUGAUAUGCCCACAUUCAGCAGUGAACCAGUUCCAUCUGGUCUAAAAGUACAGACGCACAGACCUCCAUCUCCAGUGCCCAGCUGUGUGUCCAUGAGGAGUGAUCAGUCCAAGGGUGAUAUGCCCACAUUCAGCAGUGAACCAGUUCCAUCUGGUCUAAAAGUACAGACGCACAGACCUCCAUCUCCAGUGCCCAGCUGUGUGUCCAUGAGGAGUGAUCAGUCCAAGGGUGAUAUGCCCAAUUUCAGCAGUGAACCAGUUCCAUCUGGUCUAAAAGUACAGACGCACAGACCUCCAUCUCCAGUGCCCAGCUGUGUGUCCAUGAGGAGUGAUCAGUCCAAGGGUGAUAUGCCCACAUUCAGCAGUGAACCAGUUCCAUCAGGUCUAAAAAUAAGACUUGCUCCCGAGGAGGGUGGUGCUGCCAGUCUCACUGAGGAACAACACACCAGCCAUGAAACAUGGAGAUAUCAGCAGAUCCACAAAUCCGACUUGCAGAAGAAGUUUCAGUGUCUGAUUGAGGGAAUCACACAGCAGGGAGACACCAGACUCCUCCAUGAGAUCUACACAGACCUCUACAUCACAGAGGGGGGAAGAGGAGAGGUCAAUGAUGAACAUGAGGUCAGACAGAUAGAGAGGGCAUCCUGGAGAGAAGCAGCACGAGGCAGAACAAUCAAAUGCAGUGACAUCUUUAAACACUUCCUGGAAAAGGAAAGACGCAGAAAAGAACACUUCCUGGAAGAGGAAAGACGCAGAAAAGAACACUUCCUGGAAGGUGAGGGAAAAAAGAAGGGCACAAUCUUUGAACCCAGACAAUACAAACCCCUCAGAACAACAGUGCUAACAAAGGGAGUGGCUGGCAUUGGAAAAACAGUCUCAGUGCAGAAGUUCAUUCUGGAUUGGGCUGAAGGAACAGCCAAUCAGGAUGUCCACUUCAUAUGUCCUCUUCCUUUCCGGGAGCUGAACCUGAUGAAGGAGAAGAAACUCAGUCUGGUGGAUCUUAUUCAGCACUUUUCCCCUGAAAUCAAAGAUUCCAGAGUCUUCUCCAGUUCAGAGUACAGAGUCAUGUUCAUCUUUGAUGGUCUGGAUGAGUGUCGAAUUCCUCCAGAUUUCCACUCCAACCCGAAGUGUUGUGAUGUGACAGAGCCAGCCUCAGUGGACGUGCUGCUGACAAACCUCAUCAAGGGUAAUCUGCUUCCUUCUGCUCUCCUCUGGAUCACCACCCGGCCAGCAGCAGCCAAUCAGAUCCCUCCUGAGUGUGUGAACCAAGUGACCGAAAUAAGGGGAUUCAAUGACCCACAGAAAGAGGAGUACUUCAAGAAGAAAAUCAGUGAUGAGAACCUAACCAGCAGAACUAUCACACACCUGAAGUCAUCUAGGAGCCUCUACAUCAUGUGCCACAUUCCAGUCUUCUGCUGGAUUUCAGCCACUGUUGUAGAGAAAACAUCAAAAGAAUCAGACAAAGUUAAAAUGCCAAGAACUCUGACUCAAAUGUACACACACUUCCUGAUGAUACAGACAGGCAUAAAAAAUGUCAAGUACACAGAGAGAAAGGAGACAGAUGAAGAGGUGAUUUUCAAACUGGGGAAACUGGCUUUCCAACAACUGCAGAGAGGCAAUCUGAUCUUCUAUGAGGAAGACCUGAGAGAGUGUGGCAUUGACGUCACAGAAGCAUCAGUGUACUCAGGAGUGUGUACUCAGAUCUUCAGAGAGGAGUCUGGGCUACACCAGGGGAAGGUGUUCAGCUUUGUGCAUCUUAGCAUCCAGGAGUUUCUUGCAGCUCUGUAUGUGUUCCUCUGCUUCAGCAACAGACAGAGAAACAUGCCUGACCAACAGCAGACCUCUCAACUCUCUGCUCUGUUCAGAGAUGCAACACUUCAUGACCUACACAAGACCGCAGUGGACCUGGCCUUACAGAGUAAGAAUGGACACCUGGACCUUUUCCUCCGCUUCCUUCUGGGCCUCUCACUGGAGUCCAAUCAGAAUCUCUUAAAGCACCUACUGCCACAGAGCAGUAGCCAUUCAAAUAGCUCAGAGCAAACAGUCCAGUAUGUCAAACAGAAGAUCAGAGAUCAGAGGAGCUCAGACAGAAGGAUCAACCUGAGAGAAAGAGAUUCAGACAGAUAUGAAAGUGAAGAUGAAGAUGACUCAGACAGAUAUGGAUAUGAAGAUGAAGAUGACUCAGACAGAUAUGGAUAUGAAGAUGAAGAUGACUCAGAUAGAAGGAUCAACAUGUUCUACUGUCUGAAUGAGCUGAAUCACCAUGCAGUAGUAGAGUACAAAAUGAGCUCAGAAGAUCUGCAUGUAGAGACACUCUUACCAGGAGAGUGGGGGACUAAGUUAUGGAAGACGUUUAAGAUGUCAGAAGAGCAGCUGGCUGAGUUUGACCUGCAGAAGUACAUAAAGACACCAGAGGAAGAUCAGACUGAACUCCUCAGUCCAGAUGAAGUUCUUCUGAAGGUGCUCCCAGCAGUCACAUCAGCUCUGCUUGCUGAAUGCACCCUUACAGAGAAGUCCUUUGAAAGUGUGGCUACUGUUCUACAGUCACCAAACUCCCUGAUAGAGCUGGACCUGAGUCAAAUUAACCUAAAAGAUUCUGGAGUUCAGCUUCUCUCUAAGGGACUGUCUAGUCCCCACUGCAAACUGCAGACAUUAAGGCUCAGUAAUUGUGGUAUCGCAGAUGAAGGUCAUCCUGGAGAAUCAGCACAGAAGCUGUUCUCUGCUAUACUUGAGAAUCCUCAUCAUAAAGUUGAAGCACUUCGAUUUGCUGACUGUAAACUCCCAGAGAAGUCCUGUGGAAUUGUGGCUACUGUUCUACAGUCACCAAACUCCCUGAUAGACCUGGACCUGAGUCACAAUGACCUGGGAGAUUCUGGAGUUCAGCUUCUCUCUAAGGGACUGUCUAGACCCCACUGUAAACUGCAGACAUUAAGGCUUGCUGAAUGCACCCUUACAGAGAAGUCCUUUGAAAGUGUGGCUACUGUUCUACAGUCACCAAACUCCCUGAUAGAGCUGGACCUGAGUCAAAUUAACCUAAAAGAUUCUGGAGUUCAGCUUCUCUCUAAGGGACUGUCUAGUCCCCACUGCAAACUGCAGACAUUAAGAUUUGCUGACUGUAAACUCCCAGAGAAGUCCUGUGGAAUUGUGGCUACUGUUCUACAGUCACCAAACUCCCUGAUAGACCUGGACCUGAGUCACAAUGACCUGGGAGAUUCUGGAGUUCAGCUUCUCUCUAAGGGACUGUCUAGACCCCACUGUAAACUGCAGACAUUAAGACUUGCUGAAUGCAAACUUUCAGAGAGGUCCUGUGGAAUUGUGGCUACGUUUCUACAGUCACCAAACUCCCUGAAAGAGCUGGACCUGAGUCACAAUGACCUGCAAAAUUCUGGAGUUCAGCUUCUCUCUAAGGGACUAUCUAGUCCCCACUGUAAACUGCAGACGUUAAGGCUUGCUGACUGUAAGCUCACAGAAAAAAUGUGUGAGACUGUAACUUCAGUUCUACAGUCACCAAACUCCCUGCUACAGCUGGACGUGAGUGACAGUGACCUGGGAGAUUCUGGAGUUCAGCUUCUCUCUAAGGGAUUGUCUAGACCCCACUGUAAACUGCAGACAUUAAGACUUGCUGAAUGCAAACUUUCAGAGAGGUCCUGUGGAAUUGUGGCUACGUUUCUACAGUCACCAAACUCCCUGAAAGAGCUGGACCUGAGUCACAAUGACCUGCAAAAUUCUGGAGUUCAGCUUCUCUCUAAGGGACUAUCUAGUCCCCACUGUAAACUGCAGACGUUAAGGCUUGCUGACUGUAAGCUCACAGAAAAAAUGUGUGAGACUGUAACUUCAGUUCUACAGUCACCAAACUCCCUGCUACAGCUGGACGUGAGUGACAGUGACCUGGGGGAUUCUGGAGUUCACCUCCUCUCUAAGGGACUGUCCAGUUCCAACAGCAUACUGCAGAUAUUAAGGCUUGCUGGUUGUAAACUCACAGAUACAUCUUGUGAGGUUGUGGCUUCAGUUCUACAGUCACCAAACUCCCUGCAACAGCUGGACUUGAGUGACAAUGACCUGGGGGAUUCUGGAGUCCAGCUUCUCUCUAAGGGACUGUCCAGUUCCAACUGCAAAAUACACACAUUAAGGCUCUCUGAUUGUCUCAUCUCAGAGAAGGGUUGUGGUUUUCUGGCUGCAGCUCUGACCUCAACCCCCUGCUAUAUAAGACAGCUGGAUCUAAGUUACAAUCAUCCCAGAGAAUCAGGACUGAAGCUGUUAUCUGCUAGACUGGAGGAUCCUGUCUGUAAACUGGCGAUACUUAGAACCGACCAUGCUUCAUUAAGCAAAGCACGACCACGCUUGCUGAGAUAUGCCUGUGAUCUCACACUGGACCCAAACACAGCACACAGAAAUCUCUCUCUCUCUGAGGGGAACAGAAAGGUGACAUAUGUGAUGAAGCAGCAGCAGCCGUAUCCUGAACACCCAGAGAGAUUUGACUCCACAUGGCAGGUGUUGUGUAGAGAGGGUCUGACUGGACGCUGCUACUGGGAGGCUGAGUGGAAUGGAGAUGUUGGAGCUGAUAUAUCUGUGGCCUAUAAAAGCAUCGAGAGGAAAGGGGGCAGUGCUGACGUCACAAUGGGAGGGAAUGCCAAGUCCUGGAGUCUGAACUGCUCUGAUUACAGUUACUCUGUCUGCCACAAUAAGAAAGAUACUGACAUACCUGCCCCCUCCUCCCGCUCCAGAACAGUAGGAGUUUACCUGGACUGGCCGGCCGGCACUCUGUCCUUCUACAGCGUCUCCACUAACACACUCACCCACCUGCACACGUUCCACUCCACAUUCACUGAGCCCCUCUAUCCAGGGUUUGGGGUUUAUUAUUAUGGCUCCUCAGUGUCCCUGCGCAAGAUCACAUGAGCUCGUCCUCCAACAGCACGUCCACAUGUCACCCUUUCUCUCUACUCCCCCUCUCUUCUCUUCCCCUCUGUCCGUCUCUCAUUCCCCUCCCUUCCUCUCUACCUCUCUGUCUUUCCUCCCGCUCUCCUCCACUCUGUCUCUGUUCUCUUUUCCCCUCUUCCACUCCUCUUUCAUUCGCUCUCUGUCCUCCCUUUCCCCGUCACCCUUUCUCUCUAUCCUCAUUCUCUACUCCCCCUCCCUUCUCUCUACAGCAUCGGAUUUGUGUGUGUGUGUGUGUGUGGUUUGUUUAACACUGCUGUCUAUUUAAUCAACUGCUAAAGUUCAGACUUCAUCAAAUCAAGACAUUGCAACAUUCCGCAGUAACCAUGUAACCGUAGCAACAUCCAUUGUGUUGCUUGAUCUGUGGCCCUGGAAGUUGAGCAGGGCUUGUUACUAUGGCAAUAGUUCCAGGCCAUAGACUGUAGAAAAAAACUGCAGGAACUGCAGGAAAACUCCAGUCACACACUCCUGUUCAUACACAUGUGUAAUGUAUGUGUGUAUUCAAUUAUAUAAUUACUGUUUUGCUGAAACUAAACAAAUGCUGAUAUUGCUUUCUUUAUAUUAUGCUCUUCUCCUAAAAUGAAUGUGUGGAUUAUGAGAAUGUUUCAACAACAAUAAUAUGAUGUAUUCUGUUCUCCCUAAAGUUUAGUUAUUUGCUGAAUUUCUUUGAAAAAUGAAUUGCUGAUCUGAGGUGUCAGUGUUUCUAUAUGUGUUGGCAUAAAAAAAAAACAUGCUUGUUUUUCUGACUUAAAAUAUGUAAAUAAAAUGUGUUCCUGACUUUUAAGCUUAAAUGUCUAAAUAAAGAUUCUGAAAGGA